CCAUUUUGUCGUAUCGAUCAUAUAGUACAACGUCGCCAAGUUCGAAGCCCACCUACAUACUUCUUGCCUCCUCACCGCCAUCUAAUUCCGUUCUCUCUUGCAUCUCCAGACUAGUACUGAUACGCUUGGACGCUAGCCUAACUUUACAAGUACAACUGUUCCCGCCUAUUCCACUCAAGACUGCCCGGGAUGAGUGACCAUAACGCAGAAAAUCAUAUUUCUAAACCGCAGUCAACUAAUGAGAUGGACCACUUGUCAUCUGAAGAUUCAGAUGUCCAACUUCCGCAUCGUUGUUCAUCGCUGUCACGCUCAAUCGUAGAAUUUUGCAAGUUCAUGAUGGGAGGUACGGGGGCUAGUUUCCAACUACCGCCUCCACCAACCCCGGAAGAGUUGCAGGCGUGGAAGGGUUGGGUCGCGGAACGACAAGCAAAAGUCGAUGGCCAUCACGAGGCGAAAGAGUGUGCACCUGAAACCGAUGCUACAAACGUGGUAGACAAAAUAAACCAAAAUAUACAACCACGCGAGACACCCAUCCACUACCAAUCAGCACCUAGGCCGGCGAACUGCGGGAUCGCCAAUCUUUAUAAAAUUCUAUGCGACCGUCAGUUCCAAUCCAAUGGAUUCUCGCGAAUCACUUUUGAGUGGGAGAAGUCAUCUUUGAAGAAGUCGGAGUGGAAUAGCGCAACGGCGGAUAUACUAGCGGACCAGUGGGGAAAUUGGUAUAUUCAAAACAGACUGUUUUCGACUAAAGCAAAUCACAAUAUCAAUUCAAGAGCUAUCAUCGGUAGAUGGCUAAGAUCUGCGUCAAAGAUCCCGGCAAGACAAUCCCAAAAUGAAGAUAGAACUAGUGAAGAAAUAGCUCUUAUUAAUAAAGCAAAGUCGGAGGCUGCGGAAGGACGUCGCAAAAACAGAAGCGCGGUGGCUGCUAUUCGCAGAAAAACCAUUGAAACCAUUUUCCCCAGAACGAGCCACAAAUGGGAGAGCUUGAUUACAUCGGAUACCGUAUCGGACUUCGAGGAAUCAGAUGACCCCGCCGAUCCUCCAACCAGAAUACUUCCAUUUUGGCGAAGCAAGGUACUUGGCGAUUUUAUGCGCGCGUUAGAUCUAGCAAGUUUCCAACUGGCGGGCCCAAGUGACAAGCAUCAACUUUCAGCCUUCCUUGCACGGAACGGAAGCCGAGAAGCAAACGAGGACGACGCCUCCACUGAAAACGUCCCCGGAGGUCUUCCUGAAGAAGCGUUUAGCAAACAAUUUUGGACCGAUACUUCCGAUCUUGAACGCCGCCAACUUGUAAUCUGCAACCCUACCGCUCGAUGCGGUGCCACCGAUGUACCAAAUAUCUCUCAAGCGCUCACUACUGUUCAAAAAGUUACAUAUAAACCUUAAAAAUGUCUACCUGUGCCACUAUUCCGACUAUUUACCACUUCAAAUCCUUGAUGACGCUUGGUUUCCUCAUGGUGAUUGGUAAAUAAUUGCUUGGGACAGAUGAGAGGUUUUAUAUUCAGAUAGAUAGAAACAUCAGUUAACUUGAGGUCACAUAAUGCUCAUUAUUUAUCCAUUCUUCUGGUCUAUUUUCAACUCAUGUCCUAUCUCACUUUCAAGAUACUUAGUGUGGUAGAAGAUAAAUUCACAAGGAAAGAAACGGUUAUCUUACAUGUCAAUCCUGUUUCCUAUUUUCAAUGUUACCCAACCCUGUGCUCACUAGUUCGCCAUAUUGGCCCUAUUGAAAUAAACUGAUCUAUUACAAGUUGUAAUUUUCGUGACUCUGCCUCCCAGUGGACUUCUUCCUUGAUGCCUACCAAGAAGAUUGGAAAUGUGGAUUGUAAUUGCUUCGUAUCACUACCUGUAGUCACCAAUCAAAUAACUUGCCCCAACCUGUUGGAAAACUGGUUCUAUAUACCUUAUCAUCUCG